AUGACCGAUCAAGAUGCCUGGGCCAUCCAAAAGUCCAUCAUGCAGGCUGAGUUUCCAUUUAUCGUCAUCAAGUCGCUGCAGUUUGCCCUGUUCCGAACAUACGGCAUCCCAACCAUAUCCACCUUACUUUUGAAGACCUCUCAGUUCUCUGACUCGGCAACUUCAUUCAAACGAUACGCCGACACCGGGACCCUGAUCGGCGAGUUCAUGGCGUUCGAUCCACGCUCCGAGCGAGCGCAAACCGCAAUCGCCCGAACCAAAUUCCUGCAUAAAGGCUAUCGAGCCAGUGGCAAGAUCCUCGAAGCUGACAUGCUAUAUACACUAAGCCUGUUUGCUCUUGAGCCAAUCCGGUUUGUUAAACAAUUCGAGUGGCGCGAGAUGACCCAGAUGGAACGAUGCGCCGUCGGCACGUACUGGAAGAGCCUUGGCGAUGCGCUAGGGAUCAGCUAUGAAACACUGCCCUCUGGCAAAAUUGGCUUCCAAGACGGCUUGCAAUGGUUGGAGGAAAUCGGGGCGUGGAGUGAUCGGUAUGAAAUCCAAUACAUGAAGCCACACCCUCGUAACGGGGAGAUCGCGGCCAAGACAAUCGAUGUGCUGGUGUACAAUCUCCCGGGCUUCAUGAAGCCACUGGGGGAAUAUUUUGUGUCGUAUAUGAUGGGGGAUCGUCUACGAGCAGCAAUGAUGAUGGAACAGCCGCCAGCCUUGUUCCGCGGCUUAUUCGCCUUCAGCUUCAAGUCGCGCCGAUUGUACCUGCGAUAUCUUGCUCUUCCACGUCCGAACUUCAUGCGCCUGGAUGUAUUCAGCGAGAAACCAAAUGCGUAUGGCCGUAACUGGCUGCUGAUAUAUGAGGGAGCCCCGUUCUAUGUGCAGCCCACAAUUUGGAACCGCUGGGGGCCUGUGGCGUGGUUCAAGUGGGCGUUAGGACAGCCUUUGCCCGGUGAUGAUGGUGACAAGUAUUACCCAAAGGGCUAUCAUACCCAUGAUCUGGGACCAAAGUAUUUCGAAGGAAAGGGAUGGAAAGAAGUGGAGCUUAUGAAGGAGACUCUUCGACAGCAGCGGAUGGGCCAGUGUCCAUUUCCGUGA